GGCAGUUUACCGCUGGUCCGUUCAGGCCCAGUCAAAACAAUGCAGCUUUAAAUAUUCAACAAUUAUUAAGCGUUAACCUCGUCGUGCUGUGAACUGCGUGCUGUUUUAUUUCGUUAACGUUCACUAACGUCGUUUUAACGGUUGUCUGUGUCCGCAGCUGUCUCCGGUGUGAAGCUUCUCCCGUGGGUGUUUUUUGUGUUGUUCUCUGUAACGGUUGGAAAUGGAGACGGCCAACAGGCGUCUGAUGCUAGGUAGCCUGAGAGCGGCGGUGGGGAGCGGCUGAAAACACCGUAAAACGGUAAAAAUAAGAGCCGGGAGCGGGCGGUGAGGAGUGGGCGUCGAGGCUAGAAAGACAGGCGGAUUAAAUAACGGUGGGCUGGUAGCAUGGUGGAGUAGGCGUCUGCGGCGUCGACGCUAUCGGGCUCCUGCGACCGACCGACGGACGAUUCGCUCUCACCGGGGAGGAUCACCAUGGCCCCGGGCUCUCUGGUGGCGGCCUGCCGCAGCCUGGCCCUCUCUACGUGGCUGCUCUCCUUCUGCUUCGUCCACCUGCUGUGCCUGGACUUCACCGUGGCCGAGCGGGAGGAGUGGUACACCGCCUUCGUCAACAUCACCUACGUGGACCCGGCCACCUCGGAGCUCCGCACCGAGAAGACGGAGUGCGGUCGCUACGGGGAGCACUCUCCCAAGCGGGACGCCAAGGGGGUGGUGGUCCUGCCCGCCUCCCCGCACGACCGCCAGGCCUGCGACCCCAACACCCGGUUCGCGGUGCCCGCACAGGCCGGGGCCUGGGUGGCGCUGAUAGCCCGGGGUAACUGCACCUACAAGGACAAGAUCCGCCACGCUGCAGCCCACAACGCCUCGGCGGUGGUCAUCUUUAACGUGGGGUCCGCUAAUGCUAACGACACCAUCACGAUGCCUCAUCUAGGUACAGGUGAGGUGGUUGCCAUCAUGAUCCCGGAGCCAAAAGGCCGCGAGGUUGUGUCACUGCUUGAGCGCAACGUGACGGUCACCAUGACAAUCACCAUUGGGACGAGGAACCUGCAGAAGUACGUCAGCAGGACGUCGGUGGUGUUCGUGUCCAUCUCCUUCAUCGUGCUGAUGAUCAUCUCCCUCGCCUGGCUCGUCUUCUACUACAUCCAGAGGUUCAGAUACGCCAACGCACGGGACAGGAACCAGCGUCGUCUUGGCGACGCGGCGAAGAAGGCCAUCAGUAAGCUGCAGGUUCGUACCAUCAGGAAGGGCGACCAGGAGACGGAGGCCGACUUCGACAACUGUGCCGUCUGCAUCGAGGGCUACAAGGCUAAUGACGUGGUCCGCAUACUGCCCUGCAGGCAUUUGUUCCACAAGAGCUGCGUGGAUCCGUGGCUGCUGGAUCAUCGCACGUGUCCCAUGUGCAAGAUGAACAUCCUCAAAGCUCUGGGCAUCGCUCUGAACGCAGACUGUCUGGACGACCUGCCGCUGGACUACGACCUGGCCCUGGGCGGUGUUGGGGGGGUGGGUGUGGGUGGCGUUGGGGCCCUGGCCCUAGAAGCUGUGGUGUCUGGGGCGUCCAGUGACGGCACGCUGAGCGAGGGCGGCUCCUCGGUGGUGCUGGACCCCGGGGUGCGACGGGUGGGACUCCCUCAGGACUACCAGGACCCCGACACACUGAGAGACAGCCCUGUGACUGCCACCACUGACACACACACAGGUGAGCUACAGCCAAUGGCGAGCAGCGCCUCGGUGGCAUCAUUGGUCAUCACCGUGGAAACGGGUCUCUCAGAUGAGGAGGGGUCCAUGGAGCAGUCUCAGCUGGGGGACAAGUCCUGAGAGCAGCACAACAGAACCAAACCAGGACCCCGGGCCAAAACAGACUCAAAUCAGGUUCAGACUUUUAACAGACUUCAUUUGAAGCUCCAGAGAACGACCUGACUAAAACCAGAUCUGAACCUAUCCUUAUUGCACCAGACUGAGCGUGACCCAGGACCUGGUUCUAGUUUUUGACCGGUUCCAAGUGGAAGCUAAAACCCAGAACCAGCACCGGUGUUUGACUGGGUUUUUCUCUUUGGACCUGUGUGAUACAGAACUAAACCAAACCAACUGGACCGCAGGUGGACUUGAGCCUAGCUACAAGCAGGGUCUAGACUAUGAUGGGUUUUCAUGUAUUGGAUCUAAGCUGGAUAAACGUGUCUGUGACCUGGAUUGGCUUUGUUCUUUUAUUCUCCUCCUGGACCCUUGACGAGUUUGGACCCAGGACGUAACUUGGUAACGUGUGAUCCAGUGUGUUUACCUUGGUCUCACCCUCGGCUCUCCUUGGUAUAACCAGGUGUUGCUCCAACCGUAAACUGGGACAUACCUUGUGUCUGUCUGUUGUCGCUCCGUGCAGAUGUCUUAAUCAAUCCACAUUUGCCUCAUGCUGUUUCUAGAAAUAGACCCCAACUUCUUUAUGGUUCUAUCCCUCUGUUGUCAAUCCACAGUGACAGAAAGAAGUUCACAGAAGUCCAGUCCAUUUCAAAUAAUGUCGCGACAUUUCUCUCCUGACUUGAUGAACUUUUGAAGGUCGGAUGGAAUUCAAACUGAGUCUCCACAAGCCACAUUUAUACUCAGAGAAACAUGAAGAUGAUAUUGGACUCACCUCGGUACUCGCCUCAACAGGGUAGAACCUGAGAAAGUCGUCUGCCAAAUUAGGAUCCACUCUUCGAGGGUCAAUAUUCUCCUUCAUCAGCAAAUCUGGAGGAUCUUUGACGAAUGCGUGAGAACUGCAAACACCAGAUUGUGUGUUUUUAAACAUGUCCGUGAGUGAUCCAGGCCAGGAAUCUUGAUUUACCUGUGUAUUUCUACCUGUUGUACUUCAGUACGGAGUGCUCUUGUCUCGGGACCUUUUGUGGAAUAUUCUGUUACCUGGUUUUUCCAGGUAGGAGAGGAACAACAGAUAAACAGACCUUGAUAGGACUCAGUAUCGGGGCUGCUCCCUUCUCACCCUGGUCUGAAUUCUUGGAAGAUUUAAUCUCUGGUUAAGUUAGCUCAUUUUGAUUUGCCUGCCAACAUGCCAGGCGCCGUGUGUGACGUCUGCGGUGACUGACUUUUCAUUUUGGAAAGGAGGACUUUUAUUUUUGAAAGGACUACUCCAGGCUGUCGAUUUGGUUUGUUUCUUUUUCUAGUGUUUUGCUAAAACGGUGGACUCGUCGUGGCAGUAUUACAGCUACAGUUUGACUGCAGUAUUGAGUAACAACUACACACAGUAUUUUGUUUUUUUCUCUUUUUGCCUGUCAGUGUAAUUCAAGGCUCCUUUAUCUUCACAGCACAGUAGUGCUGACAGUUUGGUUUGGACGCUCUCCAAACAGGGUUCCUAUGUGUCUGGGAAAACUGGUGACACCAAGAAAAACUCUUGACUGAUUGCAGGGCUGUACAGAAUAUUAUAAGGUAUGAGAAAGCGUGUUAAAUGUAAAAUUUCAAUAUAAGAAAUAAUGCUGACUGUAAAGCACAGACGAAGUCAAAUGUGUGAAAAUAGUGACAAAUCUUGCAGCGUGGGUCUUCACAUACAGAUCGUUUGGAGAAAGUGAUGACAAAAUAAAUGCCACCAUGAUGUAGGAGAGUUUUAAGCUGCACCACCACCUGUUCUCCUUGGUAGUUUUUCUAUUUACACAAUUUUCAGAAACAUCGGUAGCGCCGGGCAGACACUGCAUGUUGCUACUCAUUCUCACACGUCAAAUCUUAAACUGCCUUGCUUUAUUUUCACGCAUAAACAACCAGCACCAAUGUAGAGCUCUCACUGAAGGAACCUGAAACACCUGUUUGGUUUUGUCCAGUGACGGUUCCAAUAAAGUUCAUUCAAACAUAACAACCAUAUCCUCGACAAUGUUGAAGACUAUUAACGGAAAGUAAGAAGUUGCUCUGCUCUGCAACAAAUUCUAAAAAGUCAAAGUUUUUUAUCAAAGCAGUUUCAGACAAGACUCAACCAUGGAUGUAUAAAGAGAACUGGAUACAGAGUCGAGCCGGGGCCCCGUACAUACAUAUGAAGGUUGCUCAGUGGUGCAUGGAUCCAAAAAAUGUUCGACUUUCCCUUGUAAAAUUCCCCCAAUCUUACAAUCUACUUCCACAUCAUUGGGCCCAUAGAGCAUGGAUGUAUAAAGAGACCUGGAUACAGAGUUGGAAGCGGCUGUUUCCACGGUAUGAAAAUAACCAGAUCUUAUGCAUCGUCAGGCCGUUAGAGCAAGACCACUGGAGAUUUCCUCCGGCCAAUAGCUUAACUUCUAGUUUCAGGUUUUGCUAACUUGAAUGGGGAUGAAACAAUUUAAACAUGCGACUCUCUUAGACAUUCAGAAUGUUAUCAGUCAUUUCGUGGGGGUUGUGAUGCCCCAAAAACUUUAUCUACUGAUUUGCAAACGUCUCUUUUGCUAUAUAAAUUUCCGAGAAAAAGUCUUUAUGGGCCCCAUGGCAUCACGUGACGGACAUGGAAGUUGUAAUUAUACGGUAUGGCCGUCAAAGCCUAGCACUGUUUCUGGGGUCUUGGCCACAACGUGUAAAAUAAUAAGUACUAAGUACUUAAAGUUUAAGUAUUAUUCUACACGUUGUGGCCAAGAGCCCAGAAACAGACUCAAAGUUUAUAAUGGAUCUUUUGACUGUAGCCAUGUUGAGAAAUCGUACAGCAGAACCAACCACAAUUUCGGACAUACCAGAAGUUCACCUGAAUGUCUGACAGCCAGAUCGUCAACGGCUUCGGCAGUUCAUACGGCAUUGUAAUUGGGGGUUGUUAUGAGGCAAUCUGUCCAGUCAGUCCGUGCUACAUUGAGGCGGGGGCGACGAAUUUGAGGUUUAAAUUGGAUGUAAACCGCGCAGUGUCUGCCUGGCUAGUUAGGGGAUUAGGGGAUGGAAAGACUUCCCUCAUCAGUCUUCCAUCGUGGCCGUCAUAACAUUCUGUAAGUGUUAAAAUGCCAUGUAGGAACCCUGUCUAUAGUGUUGCCUUGUUUUGUUUCAUUGUCCGUCCAUCUGUCCGUCUGCCUGACCACGUGUCCAAAACCCCCGGCCUCAUGCUGCCUUUUUAAAAACACCUUUACCUUUAACCCUGACAAUCAAGAAUCGGAUCUUUUACUUGCUAGUUGGGGAUCUUUUCUCCGAACUCUAGCAAACCUAAGAGGUGUCUUUCAAACACGCCUUCUGUACACCACAGUAGGUGUUAGCUGCCAUGACCAUUUCAGUUUCAAUUUAAGCGCCACCAAAUCAAGCUGUGAAAGACGAUAGAGAGAGACGGUACCCAGAGUCGUAGACAUGACGGAGUUUAGCAAAGAAUCCCUCCCCGCUUUAGUGAGUGUAGCUCACUCUGCCAAGCAUGUAAAUAUAAAAUGUAUACUCCACACGUUCACUACGUCACGUGGCAUUGCUGUCGGUUUGCCAAACUGGUGUGCAGACUGUGUAGAGCUGCAGCCGCGUCGUGGCAUCCCCGGCGCAGAGAGAGAUAAAGAUUGUCGUCUAUUUUGAUACCAGAGGAGACGUUUAUUUUUGUAAUGAAGACACCCAGCAGCAAAGACUGAUAUCCCUCCCUUCAUGACCCCGUGGCCUGGUGAUUCUCAAUGUGAUUGAGUGUUGAUCAGGCAGAUUUAAGUGUUGAUUAUUUGUGUAAUUGUACAUACCUACAGUACGCUAAGGACCUUGACGAUAAGACUCUAAACUAUUGUAAGAUUGUCCGUAAAUAUUCAGGAUCUGAUUGUUAAUGAUGAAAACUGAACCUGAGAGAACUGAACCUGAGUAAAGGCUGGAGAACCAACGCUGUACUGUUUAUUUCCCCCUGUCGCUUUUGGUACUAAUUUUUUAUUUUUUUUUAAUUCCCAUUGGUGUAAAUGUUAAAUAAAACCUGUUUCAUUGAUUUAAUUAAGUACAAAGCACUUAGAUCACAAGAUUUGACUUCUGAAACUAAACAUUUAAGUGUAAUUAAGACUGUCUCACAGCUUUGCGUGUACAUAGCAUUGUUUUCCAGAUCCUGGACCUGCAGUCUUGAUAAAUUUAAGCAAAGCAAACAGUGCAACUAGUCUCCAUAAGAAGAAAAACCAUCAUACGAUUUAGUCUGUGGGAUUUGUAGUUAGCAUUCAACUCUUAGUAUGAAUAAUUAACAGGAAUUUUUUGUCAAGGAAAGCUCGGUUUCUUCGAGUUAAAAUUGGUACCAAAUUUUAAGAAGCAGUACUUGUGUUGGUGUUUCCGGUCAAACCAGUGGCUUCAUUUUCUCACAGAAACCAUGAAGACUUUUAAGUAUUUUCUUCCUACUUUGCUUCCCAGGCUUCAUCUUUCCUCUCUGCUCACAGUUCACUCUCAGUUCAGUCAGUUAUCAAGUAUAUAACAAACACUAGUCCAUUUAAAACACUGGUGGGGAACGAAUUUGCUGUAAUAUAUGAAGAUGAUGGAUUUGUACGCCUUGUCUCGGCCAAUAUUCAGUGAACGAUGUUUUAAUUAAAGUCACUUCCUUUGUGUUGUAAGCUUUAUUUUCAGCGAAUUUACCCAUUGUUUGUUUUCACAUUUGCACUGUUUCAUUCCCUUUCUGUCUUUCUGUUUUUUUAUGUGACUGCAAUUCUGCCGCCACAGUCGUGAAAGUGAAAUUGAACUCGAUCCAUUUCUUCCAUUCUUCUAGUAGAGACUGAGGCUGCCGUGGCGUGUUGGUCCCCAUUAAGUGUUGGGCAGAUAUCGAACCUCAAAUACUGAUUUGUUAACAACCAAAAUGUGUCUGCAGCAACAAGCGUCAAAAUCUGUAAUAUUCGUUUUUUUGUGUUUGUACCUAACGUACGGAAGUUGGACCUCUUAAGUUUUUUUUUAAUUAUUAAAAAAAUAGUGUAGAUAACGGUUGUAUUUUUUUUUUUUUUUUAAUUAAAAAAUAAUGCUUUGGUAUCUGCACCAAAACUAAUGUAUCGAAUCAGCACUAGUUACGAAUAAUAUCCAAAAUUUAAUAAUACCCAGCCCUAAUACUCAUGCAGGACUUUGGAAACGGCCCUAAACUGAGGCAGGAAAUUGUUUUUGGUACGAAAUGUGACAACCACAUUCAGCCAUUGACUUUCCAUCUUGGUAGGUAACUUUUCAAAAACAUGAUUCAGAAAAAAACAAACAAAAAAAACGUAGAACUGUCGAACUUGUCUUGUAGCUACCAUUUCUAUAUAAAUAUAAUCAUGAGACAGGAAGUCAUAAAUACGAGAUUUGGAAAAUCUAUUGAUGACAUCAUGUAUUUUCUUUUUUCAGCAGGUCUUGAAAGUAAAAAUAGGAUCCCUUUCAGAAGAAGUUUUUCACGCAGCUAAUGUGCUAAAAUGGGACCUUCAUGUCACGGCUAGUAAUGACGUCUGAUUGGUUUUUCACAACCUAUUGGCUGUUACCCCUGAAUGCUGUGUUUUGAUUGGUUGCUCGGCCUCUUUUUUUUUUGAUGCACUUUAAUUCUGUUUCUCUGGAAGGUUCUGGAAAAGUCUCGUCUUGCCUUUUAUACUUUCUUUUUGCUAUUUUAACUUUCCUUUGUCUUUGCUCUUUUCUGCCCCUCCCUCACAACUUGUUUAGUUUCCUCCACUUCCUCUUUUCUUUCUCAUUGUCGAAAGAGGGAUUUAUACUUGUGCAUCAGCUCCUACGCCGUAGCCUACGCUGUUGUGAGCAUUUAUACUUGUGCGGUGGUGUGUCUGCCACUGUGCAGUUACACCUCAAAAACUAGUUGGAGGCGGAGGUUUCUGUGAAGUUUAGCUGAUUCAAAACACACAUUAAACACACAUUAAACAUGGCUUAAUAGAAACAGUUUCAAACACAAGUACACAAAUCAGCUUCACUAUAAAUCACAGCAUUCACAGACAAACACUUGUCUUUAUCUGGACAAUUUUCCCCACAAAUACAGCAUGCUAAUGUUAUUAGCACAAGCCUAUGGCAUUUUACAUUGUAUAAAUUAGCCUAGCAGCUAGUGGACGUCUCUCGUCUCAUGUGAAGCCAGGGACAACAGCAACAUUGAACAAAGUUACAAAAUUCGGCUCCAUUACAACUCACAAGGUUCACUGACAAAACAACUGUCUUACUAAACAUGUUUUCCAAACAAAUGCAAAACGCUAACGUUACUAGCACCAGCCUAUGGCAUUUUACAUUGUAUAAAUUAGCCUAGUGACGAGCGGAGAUUUCCUCUGCUCAUAUGAAGCCAGGAUAAAUCACACAGACUUGAAAUGAUAUUCUUGUGGAGGCUUUAUUGUCUUCACAAUUUAUUGUUUUGUAUCUGUGAAAUUAAAGUAAAUAAAAGCCUCGUUUCCACUGAGGGAAAUGGUUUCAGCGUUUCUGUGUCACUGCGACAUGUAGUUACAUUUCUUGGGAGGUGCACGUCAGGCUACGGCGUACGUAUGGCGUUGAUUCAAUGCACAAGUGUAAAUUCUGCCUUAACAGUGUCGGUUUUUCUCUGGCACUCUUCUCAAGAUUUUGGUUUUAAAAUGUAUGGGGUUAUUUUGUCAGAUGGUGUUUACCUUUGGUUAUCUGGAAAAUGUUUCCUGGUCCAUAUUGAACUACAGAUCGUAUGUAUUUGUAGACUGACUGCCAUAUCUUUUGCCAUAUAUUGUAAUUUGUGUCGUAGUUUGUUUUGUUUCUCUCCCAAAGCAGGUGAGUCCUGAGCCAAGUAAUCCCACUGGGAUUACGCACUUUAAUCUAAUUAAUUACUGACAAAUGCAGCGGCGGUGUUAAAAAAAAAAGUAGCUUGAAGAACAUAAAAACUGACACAACGCCUGCUUUUAGGUGGAUUUGAAUCCAGCAAUUCUGCUAGUGUGAAGUUUGUUAGCAUUCAGUCACAGCUUUAGAAGAGGACGUCAACGGUAAAGAAACGAUGGUGAAAGAAGAAAAUGAAACAAAAAUUUUCAGAUCCUUCCAGAGAGAUGGGGAAAGUUGAGGUGAUCCGAUGCGUCUGUAGCCAUGUUAGCCCCUCUGCUACCUUGACAACAGGGUGUGAAGUGGUGUCAUGUGUGUUUCUACGAUAUUAAUUGUUUUACAGAGCGUCUGUUUGUGUGGUUGUCCUGUGCACGCAAACACAAAAAUACCUACAUACACACGUGUAUAUACAAGGCGGCGUGACGCCAUGUUGUUUCUGUGUUUCAGUUGUUGCACGUGUUCUGAUUCAGGACAGAAUUUAAAUAAAGUUUUAAUGCAAGUUUUUGUUUUUAUUCCA